UCACAUUUCAUCGUCGCCUCUCUUUUUUCUAAUUGACCACUUUUCAGUGAAUCUGUUUGUUUACUGCGAAAUUUCCACUUCGAUCUAAUUUUAAUUCGUACACAACAUUCGAAGCAAAGUAUUACGUGUCCCAUCAACUGGACCAGAACGGUUAUACGACAAUAAGUUAGUGAUUAACACAUCGAAAUAAUGGCAGACGAAGAAUUCGAUCCUUGUGAAUGCUGGAGUCAUGAAAUGGCUAUGCGUCGAUUGCUUUCUAUGCUUCGACAAGGUCAAUCCCAAUGCACAGACACCGAAUGUGUUGAUUUGAUAAGACCACAAAAUGCUGCGUCAACCGAAUCCAGCGACGAUAACAAUUUCAUGUUUCUGACCAUGCUACUGAUUCUCGCUUUGACGCUGUACGUUUUCCGACCGAUGGCCCGACGUCGACAAGUAGAUAACAGCAAUAAGCCGUCUAGCAGUGGCGAGGAUGAUGGCGCGGGACCACCACCACCGGCAAUACACUGAAUGUGAUCUUGAGGACUCUCUUCGUUGUUUAAUUUAAUUGAAUUUUUUAAUUGUUAUGUCGCCUUCAAGACAGCAAUAUCUCCACUUGUUCAGUAUUUAAGCAUGAAAGUGUCCCAAAUUUUAAUUUUCUCUCUCUCUCUCUCUCUCUAUACCUCUGGGUUUUAGUUUUAAUUUGCGGUUUGCACAAUUUUUUUUCCUUCACUUAGUUAAUUCUUAGUUCAUUCAAUGAUGGGCGGGCUACAUUGCAUUGAAAUGCAGGUGAUUUGGUAAGAAGCAGAGUUCAUUAAUUGGAAAAGAAAACAUUCCUAAGAUUCUUCAAAGCGACCUUUUAUUCAACCAUCCUGAAAUAAUCUCUUCACAGAGUCCAAUUAGUCCGAAAAGAAAUUUUCCCUUGAAUAUCAAGAGAAAGGAAAUUUUGAAAAUAUUUGGAGACUCGUUCAAAUUUGAAGGGUGGGUUAAGGGUUAGAAUUGCUCACUAAUAAUUCGUGGAGAAUAUACCACUUCGCGCUGUCAAUUCAAACUGCGUUUCAGUGCGAAAUUUCAACUGAAUCAAAGUUGUGUCACAAUUUUUGUAUGAAAAUUACAGCUUUGUUCAUACCAAGGUUGCAUAGGAUGAGGUUUCGCCGAUCGCUAUUUUGACACUGUGGCCGUAUCGCAAAAAAAACCAUGGUCGCUAUCGGUAACUCAUUUCAGUACAAAAUUUCAACUGAACUAAAUCGCGCUACAAUUUUGUGCUAGCUAUCGGCGUACCCUCUUCGAAUACAGCCUUGAGUUAUACGAUCUACUGUCACAAAAAAAAUCAGUGCCGACCGAAUCACCGAAAUUUUCAUGCGUUUCCAGUCCAAUUCAUCAAAUACGCUCUGUAUGAUAGUGCACGUACGAUGAAUUAGAUUGAAGAACACGAAAAGGUGACAGAAGAACACAUAAAGGUGACAGAUGAAAACAAACGAUUUUGGUUGUAUAAUAGCAAAGACAUCACUUUACAACUUCACAUUUUAGAAGAAAAAAAUGAAAAACUAUCCGUGUCAAGCGCAUACCAUUAACGGUAAUAAUAAUUUUAAUCAAAAACGAGAGGGAAAGUGGUUAAACUUUACCUCAAGUUUUUGAGUAGAAUAUACCUUACUUGACAAUGUGACCAAUGAUGGAAAUGACUUUUUGUGUGUUUACCGACCUCGGUUACGCCUCGCACCAGAAGUACCAUUUCCAUCAUUUGUCUCAUCGGUAAGUAAUUCACUAUCUAUCAUCACAGAUAUUACAUAGACAAUUUGGGGG